AUGGCGACGAGCGAGGAUGGGAGUAAACGCCAGACGAUGCGACGGACGAUCGCGACGCACGACGGGGCGUUUCACUGCGAUGAAGCUCUGGGAUGUCACUUGUUGCGUAAGACGACGACGUUUCGAGACGCGACGAUCGAUCGCUCGAGAGACGCGGCGAGGCACGCGUUGGCGGACGUCGUGAUCGACGUGGGGGCGACGUAUGAUCACGAGAAGCGAUUGUACGAUCAUCAUCAGAGGGAGUUUACGGAAACGUUCGGGAGGGGGUUCGAGACGAAGCUCUCGAGCGCCGGGCUGGUGUACAAGCACUACGGAGAGGAGAUCGUUCGAGACGUCUUGUCGCGAGGUGGGAAAGUGCCGGACACGAAGACGGUGGACAAAAUCUACCUGAAGAUGUACGAGGAGUUCAUCGAGAGCGUGGACGGGAACGAUAACGGGGUGAACAUGUACGACACGGAUGCAAAGGCCAAGUACAAGGAGAACACGUCGCUGCCGCAUCGCGUCAAGCGCUUGAAUCCAGCCUGGGACGAGCCGUUUACGCCGGAGAAGCAGAUGGAACAGUUCGAAAAGGCGGUGGCGCUCACAGGAGCUGAAUUUGACGAUAUGUUGGAGUACUACGCGCACAAGUGGCUUCCGGCUCGCGCGCACGUGGAGAGCGCGUUGGAUAAGGCGAAGAGCGUGCAUGAAAGCGGAGAGAUUCUCCUCUUGGAGACGUUUUGUCCGUGGAAGGAACACCUGUACGAGAUUGAGGCCGAGCGUGGGGUGACGCCACUUCCCAAGUUCAUUUUGUGGCAGGACUCCAAGGGAUAUCGCGUGUCCACCAUUCCUGUGACGGCGUCGAGCUUUGAGUUCCGAAAAGGCCUGCCCACGGCGUGGCGCGGCGUUCGCGACGACGCCUUGAGCGAGCUCUCCGGAAUCCCCGGAUGCGUCUUCAUCCACGCCGCAGGGUUUAUCGGUGGAAACGACACGUACGAGGGCGCACUGGCCAUGGCGGUUGCCGGUCUGAACUUGGAUUAG